AUGCACUGGCAGGCAGAUUCUUCCAACAAAGCUCAAGUCAUCACUAUGCGAUCUCAUUGUACUUCUCCCUAUCAAGAUGCUCCCAAGAGGAGACAUAUGACACAUGACCAGUGUAACAUCCUUGAACCUUACUAUGCCAAAAAUGAUCGCCCUACGUGGGAUAAUAUCGAAUCACUGGCCGAGGCGAUUGAUAUGCCAGUCGUGAAAGUUUUGAACUGGUUUAAUAAUCGGCGUGCCAAAGAGGCUAGACUACAACGAGAAUCAUCGCUGACGCUAUCGCAAUGCAACAUGAACAUUGAUGGUACCACUGACACGACCGAUGCGAAUGACGACGACGACGACGAGUACGAGUCGAGUGAUGCCCUAGACCAAAGGGGUCUCAACCAAGAAACCAGCGCCUGUGUAGCGACGAUGCACGAAAUGUCACCCGAGGAAGUCGAUACGCAAUUCACCGAGCGAGAAGCCGCCCGUGCCUGUGUCUUGAGCAUGGCCAAGAUGACACCAGAGGAAGUCAAUGCAGCGUUCGUUCUGAGCAAUCUCAAGCGACGGAUCAUCGUUCAUCCUCCCAAAAAAUGACAAAGCAACGUGUUUUCGAAUUUCAAGCUUACAUGGGUACACAAUCAGCGCCUAUAUAGCUGCUAUAUGGUGAUUGAUUACUUACCUUAUUAUUGAUGCCCAACAU